UGUACUUUUAGGCUCGAUUGACUUUACAAGCGCAUUGUAUUGUUCAUGCGUACUAUAAUUUCGAGGUUAUUUGUAUUAAUCAUCCUGUCUCGUUAGUAAUUCUAAUCUGAAGAGCGGAUGGCGGGUUAUCAACCAACUUCUCGAGUUUACCAUCGAUCGUAGUCGAUUAAAAUAAAAUAACGGACGUAACGGACUUAGCGGAAUCCUGAACUUAUGUUGGUGAAAUACGCACGGCCUCAAAACGUGCAUCUCUAAUCUCGCCACGGGUGACAGUUCCGCACCGGUAUCGUCGUCGUUUUAGUUAACCUCCAGUAAUCAUACAAUCGAAGUAAUUUCUACCAUUUGAAGAAUGAAUCCUCUUGGGGGUGAUGGAAGUGGAGACGGGGAUAUAGAACGACGUGGAAUUGGACGUGGCCGUGGUCGGGGUCCGUGGGCUUCGAGCUCACAGGAAAUACCAAUAUUAAGAAGACCUCAUCAUGCUACAUCUGGAAUACAAACAGGAUCAAUGGAGUCAAGAAACACAGACCAGAGCAAAUUGGAUAAGUCUUUUGAUGAUAUUAUUCAGAAUUCUACAUUAUCUGUACAUGCAGCUGAAUUCAUUCCAAAGUCAUAUCCUAUUAAACAGCAUCAUCAACAACAGCCAUCUACAAGAUACUUACAAAAACAUUCAGUCCAAAAUAGAUUACAAAUGGCACGUGAAAUACCCCUUCAAGUGCAAAUGAUGCAACAAGUACAAAAUUCUGCAUUUAAUUAUGACACUCAACAUUAUCAGCAAUCAGAACAAGUUCAACAGUUCGAUAACCUUUCACAACAGCAACAACAAGAGCAAUCCUUGAAUAUCCAAGAUCAUGGACAUUUUGAUGGAGGCUCAGGAGAUUAUAAAGACAAGCAUCAGAACUCGAAUAUAGAAGAUGAUAAUUUUUUAAUUGAAUUUGCAAACAUAACACAGAAUUUAAUGAGUGUUAUACAUUCAUUGAUAUUAAAUCCAGGACAUUUUGCUUCGAUUGUGCCACCACUCAUAAGUAAUCUUAGAUCAUAUUUAGGAUUCCCUAGUCAGUUUCGAGAAAUUAUAAAAAUAAUAAUUCAGCAGUCCAUAAACGAGGGUAAUUUCCGAUAUAGCGGUGCUCGACUUUGCGCCUCCCUGGAUAGUAGUCUGACUCCUAUAGAACAGACGUCUUUCAGAUGGACUUUGUAUACUUUGUGUAAAAACGAAACAGAGAGUCAAGCAUCCAAAUGGCAACAAAAGGAGACUCAUAUAGAAGAAGAACAGAAGAAGUGUCAUGGAUUGAUAUUACUCUUGGCCGAGCUGGUUACGCAAAUGGAUCACACUUCUGCUUUUGCUUUAGGAGACUUAUUAAUUCAGUUUAUUAUUAUUAUAUUAAAAAAGCCUGCACCAAAUUCUGUUAAGAAUGUCUGCCAGGCUCUUAAGUUGGCAGGACAAACAUUAGAAAAGGAUAAGGCUGAAAAUCGUCGCAAGGAAAUGGAAAACAUGAUGCGAGCUUUGACAGAACUUGUAACAGAAGGUAGGGUGGACUCAUAUGUAGGACAAAUGGUACAUAGUGUCCAUGAAUUGAGAAAUGAGAAUUGGGGACAAAACUCUCUUAGUCCCUCUACAGUGGAUUCAAAUGAACCAUUAGAUCCUAACCAAGCCCCAGAUGAACCCGUUUUAUAUGGUCCUGAUGGCAAAGUACUAACACCAGAGGAAAAUAAGUUUUUAGAAGAAGUUCCUGAUAGUACAAUGAACAUUGAGGAUCAUGUUAUAUCAGAUCAUGGAUAUGAAGGUGAAGAACCAUGGAUGUCAGAGGACGAAGACAUAGAUGCGUUUUAUGAAGAGUUUUUAAAACAUAUUCCUAUGAAAUAUUAGACACAAAAAUAAUCGAAAAAAUGAUAAUGGUUGUCUAUUAUAAGUUAUUAUCGCGUAACAGGUCUCAUAGUUGGAAACUAUGAGGAUGGAAGAAACGAUUCAUCAAAAAUCGAUCUUUUUCUCAGUUGCUAUUUCAAGCAACUAUCUUACUUCUUUUUUUAAUCAUAUACCAUUUUUAGUACCAUUCACUAUG